CCCCCUCCUAGGUCUCUCCCUCGCAGAGAGGAGUCAGAGGUGGUCAUUUGGAAAGCAGCUUCUCUAAACGAGACUUUCUCUGGGUCGGAGCUACAACUCUGCGAUUUUAAAUGUAUUUAGAUCCAUUUUGCCAAAACAGCUUUUGCCUGAUGGACAGCCUGUGAGGACACACGGAAAGCAGAAAUAUUUCGCCAUGUCCGCGUCUGUUUAGUCUGUGAUGGAGUCGACCGUGAGAAUAAUUUUCCUUCUCGUUGUGAUGAGAUUAUCUGCAACUGAGGAGGUGAAGAAGAAGCUGCCGGGCUCUGUGGGAGGAAACAUCACUCUGCCUGAUCCUGUGCUGGAGUUUGGAUUCCUGUUCUAUGGAGGAAGGAAUAUUGCUAUGGUGAAUGAAGGGAAACUCAAAAUAUUAGAGGAAAUUUACACGAACAGACUUCACUGGGACAGAAACACUGGACUCUUUACUCUCGCAGACCUGCAGAGGAACGACUCAGGGAUUUAUACCAUCGACUCUAAAACAGGAAAAUCUUUAUCUACAUCUUAUAAACUCACAGUUUACGACUCUGUAGCGCCUCCUACAGUGAAGAAUCUGAGCUCUGAGAUCUGCUCCUUACUGUGUUCGGUGGACAAAGAGACGACACUGCUGUGGUUUAAAGACGAGGAGAUCCUGAACCAGAGCAGCUCUGCGCUCUCUCUGCCUCUCACUGUGCAGCAGCAGGACUUCAGCUCCUCUUACAGAUGUGUGGCUGCAAACCCUGCAGAAACUAAAACUGUGACUGUCAACGUGAAAGCAAUCUGUGGAGGAAACGACACAAACAGCUCCGAUUACCCUGCACAAAGAAACUAUAUCAUCCUGUUUGCUGUCUUCUCCAUCGUGUCAGCUUUGGUCGUUAUUGUUGUCGCCCUCAUCAUCAAGCAGAAGUAUCUUACUGAAAACAAGAGGACAAAUGGACAAGCACAAGGUCCCGUCGGCACAGAGGAAGAAGUGGAAUAUAGUGACAUCCGUGUCUGUGGCAACAGACAGGAGGAGGAUUUACCAGAUUCAUCAACAACGAUCGGCCACUCCGGCCUGACCACAGUGUAUGAUAAGCUGGAGGUUCAUCGCAUGAUCUCAGAGUCUGUUGAGAAUACUUGAUAGCAAACAUCAGACUUCACAAAUUUCAGCUGUCUCCACAAACAGAAGCUCUCAGGUUUUGGUGUCAUUUUUAGACUGGAUUGUUUUUGUUUAUAUUUAUUAUUUUAUUAAGUUCACUUUUCUCUGCUUCGGCCCGUGACAUUUCUGUGUUACUGAAUAUGAGCUGUACAUUUCUUCUUGGGUCACACAUUUCAAUUUAAUUCACAGCAAAGCUUGUUGUGAGCGCCUGCAGCUAAUAAAUCUCUUUGCAUGAGUGAA